UUUUUAUGUAAUUAUAAUGUCUACUUAUCUUUAUCAUUUCUUUGAUAAGUCAAUUGUAAAAUCUUUUACAUAAAUAAACCCUAAUCAACAGGUGUGAAAAUUAUUUAUAUUUUAUGCAAAUUAGAUCAUGAUCCUUUACGCAAUCUUGAAAGAGCAAGAUUAUGUAAGAUCAUAGAAAUCAGUGAGACAAGAUUAUUUAUGUCCAAGAGACACUCUUUGAUCAGAAUAUUUAUUUUUUAUGCAAAUGAGCAACCUGGACAUUAUGUCUCCCGCCUUUCCACCAGAAGGGUAUAAAUACCAAGCAGUUUUGGAAGAGAAAUCAGUUACAUUUCACAAUCUCAAAGAGUCAACAUUGAAUGCUAUUAUUACACACAAGUUUUUCAAUCAGUUUCAAGUUGAAGAAGGCUGACCAGUGAACCAAUAAUGGAUAUGAAUAACAACAACAUGAUGCCAAUCCAGAGAAACAUAACACAAGAAUUUAGGAGCGCAAUGAACACUGAUACUGUCAAGGAAGGAUCAUCGCAAUGUCCCCAAAUCUCCCAGGGAUCAACAUCUAGUUCUGGCCGCAUGGAUUCAGCAUCUGAAUCUCACACUUCAAACCGUGAUUCUCCUCUCAUAGAAUCAGAAACAGGAGAGCAUCAACGUCACAUGUCUGAGGAGGAACAGAAGCGCAAGGAGAGACGUAAUCUUGUUAAUUUCAGACAGCGAGAUCUGACUCGAAGACACCGCGUCUUGUUUGAUAAGCUUCGUGUUCGUCUUCCAGUACAACCAAGCUGCUAUGUUACAAAGGAAAGAACUCUUGAUAUGGCGCUAGACUAUAUCAACUACCUGGAAUCACUCCUAGGCAUCAACCAGCCAACGCAACACCAAAUAGCAGGUCUCGCUCCUCCCCCAGGCAGGAGAAUGGACUAUGGAUCAAGGCCCCUAUCCUCUAGUGCCUUACCACAGACAGAACCCAAGACUGAGGAAACCAUGGAAUCUAGGCCGUCCUGCAGUAUGAUGCCUGGGCCACAAAGACACGGGACUGGAGCAUUCAACCAGGGAUUCGUUGAUAUGCCACGACAAAGACGUCACAGCGAGGUGGCUCCCAGGCCACAACUAUUCAAUGAUAGCUAUCAAUGGAUCAUGGGGCGUCCUCAAAGCACUUCAACCCCGAUCAGCCAGGCAGUAUUCCCUGGCCAAUCAUCUACGUCACAAUUAGCAACAACAAUCGACGAUAUCAUCACGCGACUAGAGUUAGAGUCAGGAUCAUCUGGUUACCGCAGUAACAGCCAGGGUAGUACUGACAGUCGCCGCCUCGACUCUCAAUCAUCCCUUCCAUCUAUGUGUGAUAAUGAUGAUGUGUUUUACACACCCAAUCACAUGGUAUGGCCGGAGAGGAGUAUGGGAAGCAACCAGGCCGAGGGCUACCGAAGUAACCCAAACAGGCAUUACCCCAGGAUAUGAG